UCUACAAUUAGAGCAUUAGCAUUCCAAUUUUACCUCAUAAUAUUGGGAUCUCCUGUCACGUGUCCACCCAUAUACCAUUGCCAAUACAAUGCAAUCUACGCCAUCACAAGAAAAGCCAUACAAAUCUGUUAUAAAUCAGUUUUAGUUUUGACACCACAAAGACUUUGUUUAAUAUUUCCAUGUGUCUGAGUUAACCAACACAUAAUCACUCCAGCCUUCUCUUUUUCUUUUUCUUUUUUCUUGUUGUUGAACGUACAUUUCUUGAUCCUCGGAUCACCCCAAGUACAUACUUUUUUUUUUCUCUGCAUCUUCUGAAAGUUUUCCCAGCUUCUGGAUCUUUUCGAAGCAGGAAGAAACAAAGGAUGGCGUUCACUGGGACUCUUGACAAAUGCAAGGCUUGUGACAAGACUGUUUACGUCGUUGAUAUGUUGUCCCUUGAAGGAGUGCCUUAUCAUAAAUCCUGCUUCAAAUGCAGCCACUGCAAAGGAACUCUUGUGAUGAGCAACUACUCCUCCAUGGAUGGAGUCCUCUACUGCAAGCCUCAUUUUGAGCAACUUUUCAAGGAAUCUGGCAAUUUCAGCAAGAAUUUUCAAACAGGCAAGACUGAGAAGCAAAAUGACCCGUCUAGUAGGGCCCCCAGCAAAGUCUCUUCCUUGUUCAGUGGAACCCAAGACAAGUGUUCUGCUUGUGGCAAAACAGUGUAUCCGCUGGAAAAAGUGACUAUGGAGGGAGAAUGUUUUCACAAGUCAUGCUUCAGGUGUGCCCAUGGAGGUUGUCCUCUCACACACUCAUCCUAUGCUGCCCUUGAUGGAGUCCUCUACUGCAAGCAUCACUUUGCUCAGCUGUUCAUGGAGAAAGGGAGCUAUAGCCAUGUCCUCCAGGCUGCUUCCCAUAAGAGAACUGCCUCCUCCACACCACCUCCUGAGCUGGCUGAGCCAGAAGCAGAUGCAGCACCUGCUGGAGACAACUCAGAAGAGCAGUCUUAAACAAGCAAACCAUGGUUUCUUACAUAAUUACUUUCUCAUCAAAUUGUUAUAUAAAAGUUUUAUUUUGAUUCUGCAAAUGGCGCCAUCAUUUUGAAGAUUGUUGUCCAAUUGUUUAAAAAAUUACUGAAUUCAAUAUAUUGAACUUUGUGUUAGUUUUGCCAAA